AUGGACAAGAAUUUGUGCUUUGUGAUAUUUUAUGGUUCAGAAUUCAAACUACAUACUUUAUCUAUUACUGCAUCAAAUAAAGAUGAGUACCGGAAAUGGAUGAUGGGACUGGAGCAUCUUGUCACUGAUACCCAGACAGCCUCUUACCAGCUUCAAGUUGAAAGAUGGCUGAGGAAAGAAUUUUACCUCAUGGAAAAACUUGGUACAAAUGUUGUCACACAGAAACACCUUAAAGCAUGGAUGUCUCGGAUUAAUUAUAAAAUUGCUACAAGCAAAUUGAGAGAUAAAUUUCAGGAAGUUGAUACAACUAACCGGGGGUCAAUAGUAUUUGAAGAAUUUGCCACACUUUUCAGGAACCUUAUACAUGUACCGUCUAUCAUCACAGAACGUUUUUAUUCAUAUUUUAGUUAUACUGGCGAUCUCAGGAAGAUGUCACCUUAUCAAUUCCAAUCAUUUUUGAUACUAGAACAGAAGGAAACAACAGCUAACAACAUCCAGACCGUGAAGGAAAUAAUGAAGAAUCAUCUGGACGACCUGGUGCGAGCUGCUGCUGUUAACCUUUAUUUUACAGAGCAAGAGUUUGAAGAUUAUUUAUUCUCAAAAGUAAAUCAAGUGUGGGACGUGAAGCAUGAUAAAGUGACGCAGGACAUGGACAGACCUUUAGCACGUUACUGGAUAUCUUCUUCUCAUAAUACAUAUUUAACUGGAAGUCAAUUUAAUGGUGAAUCUUCAUGUGAAGCUUAUGCUAGGUGCCUUAUGAUGGGGUGUAGAUGCCUUGAGUUGGACUGCUGGGAUGGUCCUGAGGGUUAUCCACACAUAACACAUGGACAUACAUGGACAAGUAAAAUAAAGUUUCUUGAUGUCCUCAAAACAAUUGCUGAACAUGCCUGGAUUAAAACUGAUUAUCCUUUGAUUCUAUCUAUAGAAAAUCAUUGCACUCUUCCUCAGCAACGUAAGAUGGCAAUGGCUUUUAAAGACCUGUUUGGAGAGGAUUUAUUGCUUGAAUGUAUUGAUAAGAAUGAAACAGAAUUACCUUCGCCUAACCAGCUUAAGAAGAAAAUUAUUCUUAAGAAUAAAAAACUUAAAAAAGGUGCAACUGAAUGUGCAGUAAAUGCAGAUGAAAGUGCUACUGAUACAGGCUUGAGCAAUGUUGAAAAAAACGGUUCUUUAUAUCUUGAAGAUCCAAUUGAUCAUGUAUGGCAUCCCCAUAUAUUUGUGCUGACACUAACCAAGCUGCUUUAUGCUGAAGACGUAAGAGCUGAACAAGAUGAAGAUACAGAUGAAGAUGAAAAUAAUUUAUAUACUGAGAGUGAUGAGCUACACUUUGGUGAGAAAUGGUUCCAUGGAAAACUAGAAGGUGGCCGUCACCGUGCAGAGAGACUGCUUCAAGAAGACAGUAACCUGGGAGAUGGCACAUUCCUUGUGCGAGAGAGUGAAACAUUCAUUGGAGACUUUUCAUUGUCUUUCUUGCGACAAAAUCGUGUGAAUCACUGCCGCAUCAAAUCCAAGCAAGAACAUGGUCAGCAGAAAUAUUAUCUAGUUGACACCCUGCUGUUUGACAGUCUCUACUCUCUUAUUACUUACUAUCGAACAAGCCCACUUCGUAGUUCCGACUUUGAGCUGACUUUAAAAGAACCUGUACCUCAACCUCAGUGUCAUGAAGGCAAAGAGUGGUAUUAUGGAGAAAUUGACCGUGCAACUGCUGAGGAUAAAUUGAAAAGAAUUCCAUGCGAUGGUGCUUUCUUGGUUAGACGAAGUGAAACUGAUCAGUACUCUUUUGUGAUAUCCUUUAGGUAUGAGGGGAGAAUCAAACAUUGUCGUAUAAAGCAGGAAGGCCGUCUGUUCACCAUUGGUACAGCACAGUUUGAGAGUUUACCAGAACUUAUCAAAUACCAUGAAAAAACACCCUUGUAUAAAAGAAUGAAACUAAAAUAUCCUGUCACUGACCAAUUAAUCAUGAGGAUGGGGAUAACUCCGGAAACCAGUACUUUACAUCGGGACCUCUACGUUAACCCUAAUGAUUUUACAUCCAAGGUAAACUUGUGUUGUACCGCCAUCCCUCUGUCUGUCCAUCCGCCCCAGUAG